UCCGUUUCCGGCGCGCGGCUCCGCAUCAGUCUCGCGGGGCUCUGAGCCGCCAGGACCGCGAGUCUCGUCUCGGUGAGGCAGUCCCGGAGUCCCCGGCGGUUCCCGCAGUACUCGAACAUAUACACUGAAGACUGGGACAAGAUAUUUGCCUAAUUUCUGUGGCAAAAUUAAAGACCUACCAUGACAAUGAAGAAAGAGACUGAAUUUGUCAUUUUCACCUAAAGAAAGAUGAUAGACAGAAAUCAAACCUGCGGUAUAGGACAGGAUUCUGUGCCCUAUAUGACUUGUCUGAUUCACAUCCUCGAAGGAUGGUUUGGUGUGGAGCAGUUGGAGGACUAUUUGAAUUUUGCAAACUAUCUCUUGUGGGUUUUUACACCACUAAUACUUUUAAUACUUCCUUACUUUACUAUCUUUCUUCUCUAUCUUACUAUUAUUUUCUUACACAUUUAUAAGAGGAAGAAUGUAUUAAAAGAAGCCUACUCUCAUAAUUUAUGGGACGGUGCAAGGAAGACGGUGGCGACUCUCUGGGACGGACACGCAGCAGUUUGGCACGGUUAUGAAGUUCACGGGAUGGAAAAAAUACCAGAAGAAGGACCAGCACUUAUAAUUUUUUAUCAUGGAGCUAUUCCCAUAGAUUUUUACUACUUCAUGGCUAAAAUUUUUAUCCAUAAAGGCAGGACUUGCCGAGUAGUAGCCGAUCACUUUGUCUUUAAAAUCCCAGGGUUUAGUUUAUUACUUGAUGUAUUUUGUGCUCUACAUGGACCAAGAGAAAAAUGUGUUGAAAUUCUGAGGAGUGGUCACUUGUUAGCUAUUUCACCAGGUGGAGUUCGAGAAGCCCUAAUUAGUGAUGAAACCUACAACAUCAUUUGGGGUAAUCGUAAAGGCUUCGCUCAGGUUGCAAUUGAUGCAAAAGUGCCCAUUAUUCCUAUGUUUACACAAAAUAUUCGAGAAGGAUUUAGAUCACUUGGAGGAACAAGGUUAUUUAGAUGGCUUUAUGAAAAAUUCCGCUAUCCAUUUGCUCCGAUGUAUGGAGGUUUUCCUGUGAAAUUACGCACCUAUUUAGGUGAGCCUAUUCCUUAUGAUCCAAAGAUAACAGCAGAAGAAUUAGCUGAAAAGAUGGCUGGAGAUCCGAGGAUCCCCACCUUAGGCCAAUGAUUUUGCAAAACCAGCCAAAACAUCUCUUCACCGUGAAGGACCCCGAUCAAGAAGCGGAAGUCGUAGUCAUUUGAAAUCAUUUUGUUCGAAACGUAGUCCGGUAACCCAAGUCCUGUAUCAUUCUAAUUUAUGAAAAAUGGGAGAAAACUAAAUGUAUUCAUAUUUGACUGAUAAGAAAUUGAACUGUUCUGUGACAACUACGGGCAAAUACGCACGAAAAUGGAAGACUAGAGAAAGCCACGCUGAGGUGCUAAGAUGAGGUGCCUCUGCAUUUGGAUAAAGUCCUGUGUCGUUGACAGGGAUCUGUCUCCACCCACCACUUGUUUGUAGCCAUGCAAGGUUUUUUGUUUCUUUUAGUUUCUCUGCACCUUGCCCCCCCUUUCUCCUCUGCUUAACUGUACACUGCCCUCAAUUCUUCUUGCUUUCCUUGGACAACUCUUGUCCAGCUAAAAUGGCACAUCCGUUUUGGUCUUCUCUGUCCCCUUGCAAGUUGGGCUGCCAUAGACUUCCUUUGUCACAUUUGUAGUUUCUUAACGUAUAUGAUCUGCCAGAAGCAUUAGAGCACUGUGGUUAAGCGCUUGGGUUCCAGAGGCAACCAAACUGGGUUUGAAUGUUGCCUCUCUCGCUUCUUGUCUAUGAUAGCUUGGGCAACUCACGUGACCUCUUGGAGAAAAACAAAAACAAAAACAAAAACAACCCCAGAAAACACACAAACAGAAAACCCAGAUGUAACUCACUUGGCACAGUCCUGGUAUAUACAACUGGAUACAUGUCAUGUAUUGUUAGUCAGCAAUGGUUUGUAUCAUUGACCACUGUGUCCUUGGUUCCUUCCAGAACACUUGCCAUGUGAUACAUAGUUACUGAAUAAACCACAAAGUGUGUGAAAAGAUAAAAACAUGUUCUUGUGAUGAAGUCGCUAGAGUUCAUAGAAUAGAAGGGGUUUAAUUGAUGUAUAAAAAUGCGCCGAUGUAUUUAAAUCCCAAGCAACAAGUCCUACUAGCUAGGAAAUUAGAAUCUGUUCAAAAAUGUUUUUCUCUACUGGUAAAUCAAAAGAAUUUGAUUCCCCUAAAGAUCAGCUUUCAGGACAACACUAUGCCUAGAAUGUAGACAUAACAAAGAGAUCCCUUCUGUAAAAUGUAUUGUAUUGAGUUUUCUGCAAAUUGAAUCUAGGAAUUGUUCAUUUUUAUUGAUCACUGCCAGCAUGAGAUGCUACAAUGAGGUCUCUUAAGUGUUCCAUGACACAAUUAAAUAGAUUUUGUGAAAUCUGUGUGCAAUAACUUUUGGAAAUGAACAGUUGUAUUUCAUGUGUGUUUAAGACUGAAAAAGACUAAUUGGCCUUACAUGUAGGCAAGCAUGGUAUUGAUUAAGUUUCUUGAGAUUUGGGGUUAUAAAGCACUAUAAUAGGCUAGACAGGGACGUUGUGAAUCCCAGCGAAUGUCUUGUUUUUUGUUUUUUGUUUUUUUUUAAAUAAAAGAAAGAAAAAAGGUAAUAGUACAUACAAGACAUCGUCCAUCCAUUUUCUUCUGGAAAAACUAAUUUAUUUUCCCUUGCCCAUCCAAGUCGCAUUAUUUGAGUAUGUACUCUCUCAUUUCCCUUUCCUAUGCACUAACCUUGAAGAUGUUAGUUUUUACAAAAAAGGGGGGUUAGAGGAUUCUUUUUAUACACCUCGUGUUGCUGUGCCUGGUACCACUUUCGUACCCUUAUUUGUCCAUUUUAACCAAACAAAAAGAGCCUCUUUUUGGUCCGUAUCUUCUGCUCAUAGCAUCACUCAUGUGUCUUUCCUGCUGUUGCUCACCGACCUCCAGAUUUACAAUUUCCUCCCCCAAAACCUAACCCCCAUGGUGACCCUUGGUCCCCUACCUGAUGGAUGAAUUGUCUACUAUUCUUUUUUUUUUUUUUAAGUUUAUUUAUUAUUUUUGAGAGAGAGAAAGAGAGCAAGCAGGGGAGGGGCAGAGACAGGAGAGAGAGAAUCCCAAGCAGGCUCCAUCCAGGCUCUGAUCUGUCAGCACAGAGCCCAACAUAGGGCUCAAUCUCACGAACUGUGAAAUGAUGACCCGAGCCGAAAUCCAGAGUCAGAAGCUCAACUGGCUGAGCCAUCCAGGUGCCCCAAUCAUCUGACAUUCUAAGUUGCAGCUGGCCUUGACCCUGGAUGUCCACUGUUCAUCCUGAAAUAGCCAUUCCUGUGUCUUCCUUGCUGAAGACCCCCACUUUGGUUUGGUGGCCACCCUUCCACACAUGGAACCCACAGAUUUGCUGAAUAGUCCAGGGAACCCCUUUCCCCUUGACAGAGAUUUGUUGGGGGUUUGCAUGUGACCCAGUUUGGGCCAAAGACCCAGGAGGGUAACUAUGUUGGGUUCCUCUGAUUAAAAAUGAUAAAUAUGUGAAGAGAUAGCUCCUUGUCUCCAUUGCCUAUUGCUGUUUCUGGAACCACAGCCACUCUUGCCAGGCCUAGGGGAGCUAAACAGGCUAAGGAUGGCAGAAUGAAAAAUGUCAAGAGACAAAAACAAAUUUAAAAAUGCUAGAUUACCUAAGCCAGGGGCCAUUCUACCUCCCGGUGAAAGAAAAAUGUUCCUUGUUGUGAGCCAGUUGAAGUGGGAAUUUCCUUUUUCAUUGUGACGGUGUUUAUCUUGAUAUUUCAUCGUCAUUAAAUUUAGGCUGUGCAUUUUUGGCAGGAGCACGGCUGAAAUGAAGUUCUGUUGUGUUCUUCUCGGUGCAGCUGUCAGGAGGCACAGAGGGUCCAUUACUCCCAAUAAUGGUGAAAUGAACUUGAUCACUUGGUUAAGGUGCUGUCUGCCUGGUUUUUCCACUCUAAAGUCACUGUUUUCCUUCUAAAUUCCUAGAAGGGAGGUAUUUUUGAUACUCUAAAUUUCCUCUUCUUCCACACUCACACCCACUAGUGUGAGUAUCCAUUGAUGCCUAAAUCAUUUAUUACCACGAUGGUUGCCAAAUAGUGUAUCCAUUACUUUUUUUAAGUUUUUAAACAAAAAUCGUGGCAAAGUAUAUAGAAAAUGUACCAUUUUAACCUUUCUGGAGUCUAUAAUUCAGUGGCAUUAAGCACAUUUACAUUGUUGGGCAACCACCCCCAUUACCCACUAUACCACUCAAAUCUCAAAGUUCUUCACUUUUCUACCUUCUGCUGUCAGCUUCUUUCUGUUUAGGCAUUUCCCCAUCUAGCCCAUCAUUCGACAUCUCUACCUAUGUCUCCAGCCAGCUGAACAUCAAAAGCUCCAUGUAAAUUGGGGUUAUAGUCUCUAACAUCAUUAAGACCCUAAGCAUUGGCUGAAGAUCUUUUAUAUAAGUUCUUAGUGGCUAACCCAAGAUGAUCCCGAACUUUCCCUGAUUUCUUAGCCCCGCUACGAUGCUCUCAGCCUCCUAACUUGUGAGCUCCAUGAACUUUACUGAGAAAAUAAAAAUCAUAACCCUCAUUCUAGAACUUCAGCUCUCCACCCACCACCCACCAACAUCUCCCAUCUCUCCUCAGACAGCUUUCUCUCCUCAUAGUCCGGUAAAGGAGGGUCCAUUCCUUCUGUCAAGGAGAACCCACCACCAUUUGUCCCUGAGGAUAAGGAUGAAUCCUACCUGCUCUCUGCUCUGGGAAGCCAAGCCCUUGCCCUCUGGCUUCCGGUGGAGUUUUGGCCAAUAGAUUCUGGAAGGAGACUGGGGCAUGAAAGGAGAGGGAGUGAUUGAGCCCCCUAGCCCCCUCCAUGACCAGCCUUGAGUGUCUCUGUCAAGCCACAGCUCCUGCUGGGCGGUCCCGUCUUAGAGCUGGGACACUUUCCCCUCCAGCCCCUUCAGGCCACAGGUGGCAGUGGCUUCUCCUACCAGCUCAGGAGUGCUCUGCUCUUCCCCUUUGGUUACUACUCCAGCCCGCACCAGGGGUUCCCGAGAUCCCCUCCUCGGGUUUGAUGAAUCUGCUAGCAUGGCUCACAAAAGUCAGGGAAACAGUUACUUAACGGUCACCAGUUUAGUAAAGCGUAUGAUAAAGAACACAGAUGACCAACCGGCUAAAGAGAUAUGUAGGGGGGGGUCUGGGAAGGACCCCGAGUGCAGGAGGCUCUGUCCUCGUGAAGUUGGGAUGUGUCACCCUCCAGGUGGGGAUAUGUUCUCCAUUCUGGAAGCUCUCUGAAGCCCAUACUGUUGAGAUUUUAUGGAGGCUUCCUCAUGUAUGCGUAAUCCAUUUAUUAACUCCAUCUCCAAGCCCCCCUCCCUCUCUGAAGGAUGGGGGACAGGACUGAAAAUACCAAGCUCCUAAUCAUGGCGUGGUCUUUCCAGUGACCAGCCACCAUUCGGGAACCAUCCAGGGGCCCACCCAAAGUCACCUCAUUAGAACAAAAGAUACUCCCGGCGCUUUUAUCACUUAGGAAAUUACAAGGGUUUUAGGAGCUCUGUGCCGGGAUCCAGGAGCAGAGGCCAAUAUACAUGUUUUCUAUUAUCUCAGGUUCUCUUUCCUAGAAAAUGGUUGAUGCUCCAAAGUCUCUUUCGGAGCCUCUGCCGAAUGCUGUAAGUUCUCACAUAGGAAGAAUGAUGAGUGGGGUUCUGCUGGUGAGAAAGAAUGAAGCAGAAACAUUAUUAUUAUUUUUUUUUAACGUUUCUUUAUUUUUGGGACAGAGAGAGACAGAGCAUGAACGGGGGAGGGGCAGAGAGAGAGGGAGACACAGAAUCGGAAACAGGCUCCAGGCUCUGAGCCAUCAGCCCCGAGCCCGACGCGGGGCUCGAACUCACGGACCGCGAGAUCGUGACCUGGCUGAAGUCGGACACUUAACCGACUGCGCCACCCAGGCGCCCCAGAAACAUUAUUUUUUUCUUAAUUUUCUUUUCAAGAUGUUGGGGAUAAUUAGACCAGGCAAAAUAUAAGUGAAGAGAAUGUAAUUCUCAUUCCUGCCUUGACUUCCUGAGCUUUGGCCAGUGCUUGGACAUUGAACACAAAUCUAGUAGCUGUGAUUCAAAUGCCUCCUUUCUAAAUACUCACCCAUGAAAUCCAGUGGUUGCCUCCUGAAUCGAAGAGUCUCAGAGACAGCACGAGGGGAGUCCAGACGGAUGCGUAAUUUAGAUUCUGCCACAGAAUAUCUUCCAAGUUUCUAUCUUUUGCUAUUCUGGGGAGAGGGGCAGCAUGCGUGAGAAAGAUCUGAGAGUUCGAGAGCCCAUUCUGAGCGGCACACCUCUGGCUUCCUCUCUCCUCUUGCCCUGGUCUACCUUCUGGUCUGCCACAUCAGAGGGACCUCGUCAGCAAAAGGCAACCGGCUGAGGAGUCUGGCCCUCCAGCCCUCCACGUCUUAGGAGCCCAGGGGCCCAGAAUUCCUCUAGGUGCCAGAGCUACGUGGCUUCCUAUUUGACUUUUGUUAGGUCUUCACUUCCUCUUCUCCCUUUCGACUCUUUGGCUUUGGGGUUUAUCUAUAUCUAAGAAUGAGGGAAGGAAGGAGAAACGUGGCUCGAUCAUUGUGGACGGCUGUUCCAUUUAUUUGCCGUCUACGGUGUGAAAAUGUGUGGCUUGUCAUGUUCACCGAUCUUAAAUCUUUUGAACCUCACGGGAGCUUGGUCGAAGGGAAUGUCCUGGGGAGUCAUCAUUAAAGAAUUUUUCUUUUAAUUUUUUUUUUUUUUCCCAAAAAGGACUCAGGGAGCAUGGAGCGAUUCUGAAGGAAGACUUUCCCAAGAAAUGAGUUUCUAACUUCCUCCUCAUCCAUUUCAAAGCAUUUGAAAACAACUUUCCCAUGAGACCAUAGGAGUGUUGCUUUCUUCCUUAGCUUCUUAGAUUUCUGAAGUUGAGGGAAGAAAGUCUGAAAAGGGGAAGGCCAGCGGACUUUGAGUGGCAGCAAGAAGGAAGCCAUUUUCUUCAUGCCAGAGGGCAGUAGUGGUGAGUAGCAACUCCUUCCCUGUCACACUGCUAUUCUGGGCGCAGCUUGCUCUAGUAGCCUUAAAUUAUGCACUUGAAUAGCGAAUAAAAUAAGUAAAAUAAAAUAAGAUAAAAUAAAAUAAAACAAAAAUUUUCCAUCCUGUGUCAUUCUACGUCAGUGUUGUUUAACCUCUGCAGGAGUAACUUCUUAAAGUCUAAAUACUUUCCUGUAUUAGGUUUCUUGAUAGAAAUAUUGCUGAUGGCUUUUUUUUUAAGGGACUGUCCUAACUAGAAGUAUGCCAAGCCUUUUACUAUAUGUACCUUGUAAAAAGUACGAUUCUUUAUUAGAAGGUUUUGUUUUGAAAUUUUAGUGUUUAUUUUUGAGAGAGAGAGAGAGAGAGAGACAGAGUGCAAGCAGGGGAGGGGCAGAGAGAGAAAGGGAGACACAGAAUCUGAAACAGGCUCCAGGCUCUGAGCUGUCAGCACAGGGCCUGGUGCGGGGCUCGAACUCGAGAGCUGUGAGAUCGUGAUCUGAGCCGAAGUCCGGUGCUUAACGGACUGAGCCACCCAAGUGCCCCGCUUUUGUUUGCUUUGAAGCCCAGAAGGUCUUCUAUCACUUUUACCAGAAUCACCUGGGAUGUACUUGUUAAAAAUUCAGAUUCCUGGCGCCCACCCCAAACCUACUGAAUCGGAAUGUCUGCGUUGAAGCCAAGGAGUCUGCAUUUCCAACGUGUUCCCCAUGUUUGAGAACAUUUGUUCUAGAUCACACAGAUGCUAAGCCCAGAGCACAAAAUUCUCAAUCUGGGCCUAAACCAUUAUUUCUCAGCCCAGGUUACGAUUAGAAUCACCUGGAGUGUUUAAACCAUAAGACGUCUGGGCGUAGUGGUGUUAGGGAUGAUUAUGAUUAUGAUUAUGAUUAUUAGCUUCUAAGUGUUUCUAGUGUGGACCCAUGAUUAGAAUUUCUGGUCUAAACCUAGAGGCCAAAGAAUCGCCUUCAGGAUGUUGGUUACUAAACUCGGUGAAAUUGCAUGAUAUACAACAACCGGGCGGACUGCCCAGUUCAUGGUGAGUUCCUCUUCUCGAGAAGCAUCUUGAUUCACAGUAUAGAAAUCCAGAGCCCGCUGAGUCAGCUAAGAUGUCAACCCAAGCUGAGUUCAUCAGUAUCUUUGCCUGGGAAGUAUUUUUGUUCUUCGGUUCUUUUCGUUUUUAUUUUUCCUUUACUAGACUGUUUCUCAAAAUAAACAUCAUUUUAUUUUUUUCCUUGUAAUAAAAACAACGCAUUAAUAGAAAUGAAUCUAGGCAAUACAAAAGGUGUAAAGUAAAAAUGAAAAUUAUCUCUGUCCAGAGAGAAAUCUUAUUAACAUGUUGAUGAGUGCCUUUCCACAUUGUUUCCAUGCAUAUAUAAAAAAUGUGAUCAUAUGCAUGCUGUUUUGUAAAUCUUUUUUAUUAAACGUAACAUAUCGUGGGCAUUUUUCUGUAUAAUGAAUAUUGAUCUUCAUGAUUAUUUUAAAAUCCACAUAGCAGCAUUCCAUGUAAUGAAUUCUCUGUUGAAAAUUGAGGGAAGAUACGUUCCAUUUUUUCACUAAUACAAAUAAUGUCGCGAUGAAUGUAGUUAAGCAAUACAACUUUGAAUGCCUUUCCAGUUAUUUCCUUAGGACAAAUUCACAGAAGUAAGAUUGGUGGCUAAAAGCUAUGCAUAUUUUUAUUUCUUUAAAUUUCUUUUUUUAUUUUUUUUAUUUUUGGGAGAGUGCAAACAGGGGAGGGGCAGCGAGGGAGGGACAGAGCAAACCAGGAGAUCAUGACCUGAGCCUAGCUGGACGCUCAACCCACUGAGCCACCCAGGUGCCCCUAAAGGGUAUGUAUAUCAAAAACUGAUCACAUUACCAAAUUACCCCCUAGGGCAGCUGAUCUCACUUCCUCUGCUACCAUCGCAGCCUGAGAAUGGGCCGUUACACGUAUCACCAAUGCUGGCAUUGGUAAUCUUCAAAUUUUGCCAAAGUAUUAGGCAAAAAUUAUACUUAUUAUCAUUUAGUGACUUUGAUUGCUUGGUAGGGAGAGCACUGGUCCAACUCUGAGAGAGAAAAUUUCACUUGAGCCACGGAUGCCAUGAGGGCUCGGUCCCACAUUAGGGAAGUAACAAGGGACUGAGUCUGAGAAAGGCUUAGAUGGCACCCUGCUUUAUGAUUAUUUUUUUUGGAGGUGUCUGCUUUUGAGGCCCCUACCGUUAAAUUACCAUUAGUUCUGAUUUUCAGUUCCCCUUUUGGUCCCAAAGAUCCAAAGUAACUUGAGAAGGACUUGGAACGAUCUCGAAGAAGUUGCUCGCUGCAUUAACCUCCCCAUCACCUCAGUGUGAAAUAGUGUGAAACAGGUCUGGCACUUUAGUUCACUACUGGAACUGUGUCACUUUGUGUCCUCAGACUUCGGCCUCAAGUUUUUUUGUUGUUGUUGUUCCUCAAAAACAUUCUCUUACUUAUCCAGCAGUGGUUUCAUUCCUUUCUGCCCCCACUCCACCGUGUUUUGUUCGUUUGUUUUAAUUGAGGUAAUACUUACAUAACACAAAUGUGACCCUCAGCUAUUUUAUUUUAUUUCAUAUUUUUUAUUUUGUUUUUAUUUUAAGUAGGCUCCACGCCCAACGUGGGGCUUGAACUCCCAACCCUGAGAUGAAGAGUCGCAUACUCCACUGGGGCGCCUGGGUGUCUCAGUCAGUUGAGCGACCGACUUCGGCUCAAGUCAGUGAGCUCGAGCCCCUCGUCGGGCUCUGUGCUGACAGCUCGGAGCCUGGAGCCUGCUUCGGAUUCUGUGUCUCUGUCUCUCUCUGUCCCUCCCCUACUCACUGUCUGUCUCUCUUUCCCUCUCUCCCCAAAAUAAAUAAAAACGUUAAAAAAAUGUUUUAAAAAUCAGCGAAAUUCAGACACAUUGCUGCAGCAUGAAUGAACCUUGAAGCCAUGCUAAGGAAAAUAAAUCAGUCACAGAAAGACAAAUACUGUAUAAUUCGACUUCUACCAGGCGCUUAGAGUAGUCAAACCAGAGACAGGAAGAAUGGUGGUUGUCAGGGGCUGGGGGGGGGGGGGAGGCGAGUGUGGGGAUCAUUGUCCAAUGGGGAGAGGUUUUCAGUUUGGGAAAAUGGAGAGUUCUGGAGGCUGGUGGGGGGGGCUUGUGGUUGCCUGACCCUGUGAAUGUUCUUACUGGUACUGAACCGUACAGUUAAAAAUGGUGAAAGUGGUAAAUUUGGUGUUAUUAUGCUUUACCACAAUUAAAAAAAAUACUAGGGUCAUCUGCAAAGGACACAGGAGGCAUCGACAGAGGGCGACUUGACCAUCAAAGAGAAUAAUGAUUGUAGUCAAAAAUAAUCUCAGUCACUUUUGGAUACUGCUGGGGCACCGAUGAACUCAGUAUUCUGAAAACUGGUAAAUAGAGUAGAAGAAGUAUGAG